AUCAUGAUUCCAUACGAAAAUCGAACAAGUGAGGUGAUGUACAAUAAAAUGAACAUAUCGGAGCUUAGUGCCAUGAUUCCACAGUUUGACUGGCUGGGAUACAUCAGGAAGGUGAUUGACACCAGACUCUAUCCUGAGCUCAAAGAUAUAGGUCCUUCAGAAAAUGUGAUUGUCCGUGUUCCCCAGUACUUCAAAGAUCUAUUCAGGAUACUAGAAAAUGAAAGGAAAAAGACUCUUGCCAACUAUCUGGUGUGGAGGAUGGUUUAUUCAAGGUUAUUUAACCUCAGUAGACGCUUUCAGUAUCGGUGGCUGGAAUUUUCUCGGGUGAUCCAUGGAACCACAUCUUUGCUACCUCAGUGGGAUAAAUGUGUGGACCUCGUUGAAAGCACACUUCCUUACGUUGUGGGUAAGAUGUUUGUGAAUGCCCAUUUUCAAGAAGACAAGAAAGAGAUGAUGGAGGAGUUGACUGAAGGAAUUCGCUGGGCUUUUAUUGACAUGUUGGAAAAGGAAAAUGACUGGAUGGACUCUGAAACAAAAAGAAAAGCUUAUGAGAAGGCAAAAGCAGUUAUGGCAAAAGUUGGUUACCCUCAGUUUAUAAUGAAUGACACGUAUAUUAAUGAAGACAUCAAAACACUGAAGUUUACAGAAAAUGACUACUUUGGCAACGUGUUGCAAACUCGCAAAUAUGCAGCCCAAUCUGAUUUCUACUGGCUUAGAAAAGAAGUUCCAAAAACAGAGUGGUUUACAAGCCCAACUACUGUAAAUGCUUUUUACAGUGCGUCUACCAACCAGAUCAGAUUCCCAGCAGGAGAACUGCAAAAGCCUUUCUUUUGGGGAACAAAGUAUCCUAGGUCAUUAAGCUACGGUGCCAUAGGAGUAAUUGUUGGCCACGAAUUUACUCAUGGAUUUGAUAGCAAUGGUCGGAAAUAUGACAAAAAUGGAAAUUUAGACCCUUGGUGGACAACUGACUCUGAAGAAAAGUUUAAAGAGAAAACAAAAUGCAUGAUUAAUCAAUACAGCAAUUACUACUGGAAGAGAGCUGGCUUACAUGUGAAAGGCAAGAGGACUUUGGCAGAAAACAUUGCAGAUAACGGAGGUUUACGAGAGGCUUUCAGGGCGUACAGGAGAUGGAUUACAGAAAAGAGGGGAGGAGAAGAGGAACCUUUGCUGCCAGGCCUUGAGUUCACACACAACCAGCUUUUCUUUCUGAGUUACGCCCACGUAAGAUGCAACUCCUUCAGACCAGAAUCUGCGAGAGAGCAAAUACAUAUUGGAGCUCACAGCCCUCCUCAGUUCAGAGUUAUCGGUGCCAUGAGCAACUUUGAAGAGUUCCGUAAAGCUUUCAGUUGCCCAACAAAUACAACGAUGAACCGCGGCGCAGAAUCCUGCCGGCUGUGGUAG